ACUAGUCAUACCACUCCAACACAACCUGACCAACGCGGCGCCUCGGGAUUCAGGUAGCCACACUAGCCAGUAGCUAGCCACCACCAUGGCUUCUCCCAAGCUUCUCCUCCUCCUCGCCACCUUCCUGCCGAGCUGCGGCCUCCUGCUGGCGGACUUCGCCCCGAUGACCCUGACCGUGGUGAACAACUGCGCCUACCCGAUCUGGCCUGGCAUCCAGGCGAACUCCGGCAGCGAGGUCCUGGAGGGCGGCGGCUUCUACCUGCCAGCGCUCUCCCACCGCUCCUUCCCGGCCCCGACCAGCGCCUGGUCGGGCCGCAUCUGGGCGCGCACCGGCUGCACGCCCGAGGGCGCGGAGCAGCUCCGCUGCGCCACGGGCGACUGCGGCGGGCGGCUCCAGUGCGGGGGCCUCGGCGGCGCGUCGCCCGCCACGCUGGCGCAGGUCUCGCUCCACGGCAACAACGACCAGUCCUUCUACGGCGUGAGCGUGGUGGACGGCUUCAACGUGGGGCUGUCGGUGACCCCGCACGAGGGCCGCGGCAACUGCCCCGUCCUGGCCUGCCGCAAGGACCUGACGCAGAGCUGCCCCAGCGAGCUGCAGGUGCGCGGGUCCGGCGGCGUCGUCGCGUGCAAGAGCGGCUGCGAGGCGUUCGGCACCGACGAGCUGUGCUGCCGCAACGCGUACAACAGCCCCGCCGCCUGCCGCGCAUCGCAGUACUCGCAGUUCUUCAAGAACGAGUGCCCGCAGGCCUUCACCUACGCGCACGACAGCCCCUCCCUCACCCACGAGUGCGCCGCGCCGCGCGAGCUCAAGGUCAUCUUCUGCCACUAGAGCCCGUCCAGGGCUCCUGCCGGCCGGCGGACGCGCGCCGCCGCCGGCCUCCGACGGCAAUGGUCGUCGCUAGGAUCUGACUAUGGUAUGUGUGUGUACUGCAUUUGCAUAUGUGCAAGUGUUCGAUUAUGCUACUGAGUAUGGAGAGUUGGAGGCUCUGGAGUGUUUGGUGUUGUUCGUAAUCUAUCUGUACGUGCCGGUUGUGUUUGUUGCAGCAUGAAUCGAAGUAUUAGCUGCCUGGAUUGCAGUCUAAAAUUACAUA